AUGGCGAAGUCGUGCAAGGGAUUGGCCAUGGAGCUCGUCAAGUGUCUCAGCGAGACCGACUGCGUUAAGGUGCAGAAAAGGCCGUACAAGGAGUGCGCCGGGGAGAAGGCGCCCAACAUUACCAGCGAGUGCGUUGGCUUGCGGGAGACCUACUUCAACUGCAAGAGAGGCCAGGUCAUACUGCGAUUUGGAGUGCCAGAUGAUAUGCCGUGGAUUUGA